AUGGCCUCCGCCGGGCUGGUGGCCGGGCGACCGGCCGAGGAAGCGAUACCGCCGCCGGCCGAGCCGCCGCCGGCCGAGCCGAAGCCGCCGCCGCCGCCCGUGGCCGCGCCCCAGCAGCCGGCGCCCCGGCCCCCGUCCCCGGCGGGCGCGAAGGAGGACAGCUACUCGUUCCUGCCUUUGGUUCACAACAUCAUCAAGUGCAUGGACAAGGACAGCCCGGACAUCCACCAUGACCUGAACGCUCUCAAGACCAAGUUCCAGGAGACACGCAAGGUCAUCAGCACCAUGCCCGGCAUCCACCUGAGCCCUGAGCAGCAGCAGCAGCAGCUGCACAGCCUCCGGGGGCAAGUCAGGACCAAGAGCGAGCUCCUGCAGAAGUACAAGAGCCUCUGCAUGUUUGAGAUCCCCAAGGAGUAG